AUGUGGGGCAAAGACGAAGACCGGGGACAACACGGAGGUCCCAGAAAGAUGGAGGCCGGGCGGGCGGUUAUCCUCGAGCAAGAUGUGGUGUCAGGUGCCCGGUCCCAGAAGCGCGGUCUCGCUCUCGGGACGACGGAGGUCGGGGAAAAGACGGAGGCCAGGCUUAUCCUGAACCAAUAUGGUUCGUGGUCCCAGAAAGAUGGCGGCCGGGACAAGGCCGGGAACCUUAUCCUCAAGCAAUAUGGAGCGUGCGGUGUUGCUCUCAUAAAGACGGAGGCCGCUGACAAGACGGAGGCCGGGAAGCAGUAUGGGGUCUCAGGCGGGGACGAGGCCGGAGCGCUUAUCCUCAACCAAGAUGGGGUUUCGGGUGCGUGGUCUCAAGCCGAAGAAGGCGAAGGCGGGGACGAGGCCGGCAGAGACGAGGCCGGAGCGCCUAUCCUCAACCAAUAUGGGGUCUCGGGCGGGGACGAGACCGGAGCGCUUACCCUCAACCAAUAUGGGGCGGGGACGAGGCCGGAGCGCUUACCCUUCAACCAAUAUGGGGUCUCAGGUGCGUGGUCUCAAACCGAAGAAGGCGAAGGCGGGGACGAGGCCGGAGCGCCUAUCCUCAACCAAGAUGGGGUCGUGGGUGCAUGGUCUGAAGCUGAGAAGACGGCGGAGGCGGGGACGAGGCCGGAGCGCCUAUCCUCAACCAAGAGGGGGUUUCAGGCGCGUGGUCUCAAGCUGAGAAGACGGCGGAGGCGGGACGAGGCCGGAGCGCCUAUCCUCAACCAAUAUGGGGUCGCGGGUGCGUGGUCUCAAGCCGAAGAAGGCGAAGGCGGGGACGAGGCCGGAGCCCUUAUCCUCAACCAAGAGGGGGUUUCAGGUGCAUGGUCUGAAGCUGAGAAGACGGCGGAGGCGGGCGAAGGCGGGGACCAGGCCGGAGCACUUAUCCUCAACCAAGAUGGGGUCGCGGGUGCGUGGUCUCAAGCCGAAGAAGGCGAAGGCGGGGACCAGGCCGGAGCACUUAUCCUCAACCAAGAUGGGGUCGCGGGUGCGUGGUCUCAAGCCGAAGAAGGCGAAGGCGGGGACCAGGCCGGAGCACUUAUCCUCAACCAAGAUGGGGUCGCGGGUGCGUGGUCUCAAGCCGAAGAAGGCGAAGGCGGGGACCAGGCCGGAGCACUUAUCCUCAACCAAGAUGGGGUCGCGGGUGCGUGGUCUCAAGCCGAAGAAGGCGAAGGCGGGGACCAGGCCGGAGCACUUAUCCUCAACCAAGAUGGGGUCGCGGGUGCGUGGUCUCAAGCCGAAGAAGGCGAAGGCGGGGACCAGGCCGGCGGGGACGAGGCCAGAGCGCUUAUCCUCAACCAAUAUGGGGUCCCAGGCGGGGACGAGGCCGGAGCGCUUAUCCUCAACCAAUAUGGGGUCCCAGGCGGGGACGAGGCCGGAGCGCUUAUCCUCAACCAAUAUGGGGCCGGAGCGCUUAUCCUCAACCAAUAUGGGGUCCCAGGCGGGGACGAGGCCGGAGCGCUUAUCCUCAACCAAUAUGGGGUCCCAGGUGCGUUAUCCUCGACCGAUAUGGGGUCCCUGGUGCGUGGUGUCAACCCGAAGCAGACGAAGGAACAGGGACGAGUCCCCGCUGCGCUUAUCUUCAACCUGAGUCAGAGUUACGAGGCGCAGCCAACACAAGUGCAGCACAGGCCGAGCCGGCCUCUCUCCAACGGAAGUGGCGGGCAGAAAACGAAACCAGCUCACUGUGGACGUAUCGUGUAUGAUGUGCCACCGAAUCUGCGAGCAAAUCUUCAUCACCUGUUCAAGCGCCCGUCCGAGCAAGCCUGCAUGCGAGGGUCUAGCACCGCACGUAGCUCUCCCGCAACAGCCAUGGCAGGACAUUUUGAGCCGGACCUAAUUCGGCAGAUGAUUGCCCGCUUCAUGGACGAGAUUCGCAAGGUUCCCGUUCGUUUCGGCAUACAACAACCACUCGAGUCGGCAGAGCUAUCAGCGGACAUCACGCACGCCAUCGGAGAGCUCUCGCGGCACAUGCACCUCGAUGAAACGGACUCACAGUGGCUCAUGUAUCUGGCAUCGCACCUCGAGCCUGAACUCGGAGCAACGCUCAUUCCUGCGCUAUGGAGACUCAAGGAGGAUGUCAUGAUGUGGACGGUACGCUGCCAGCGACCUCGAGAGCCUUCGCCCUUCAGUCUGCCACCUGCGGCAGCCGAGAGCGGAACCGACGGAGAAGAAGAUUACUUAAGAGCUGCGAACGCCAUCGUCGGAGGAGACCGGCGCGCGGUCCCAGACUGCAACGGCUGUUUCAACGAUCUAAUUCCAACCGAGCUGCAAUGCAGAAAAGCAGGAGCUGAUGCAAACCGGCAGUCGCACGACCGGAUUGCGCGCCACGGGGAACGGCUGACCCUCUGUCUCUUCAUUGCGGUCAGCGACGACCAGCCCCAGGGUUGGGAUGUCAAGCGCGUCGGCUCCUUCACCAGGAUCACGCCACGAUUCAACAUCAUGGGUGAGUACGGCACUUACAUCGGCACGCACCCCAAGAAGGGUCACGACAUCAUCCUGCAGUUUCACGACUACUACUGUGAGACAAUUCGAGAGAUCCCGUUGCCGACUGUCGUGGACCAGGAUGAGGUGGCGGAAGCCAUCGUUCCCGACACGUGCCCAAGAGACACACCAUCGGGCCUGGCCGACGACGGGCGUGAGGUCCAGGUAUGCGAAGAAGGAGAGAGGACCGGCGACGUGCCAGGCAACGGCGCUAUGUGCUCUCGACGCGAAGGUCCUGUGCCUGAGGAGGGAGACAGAAUCAUGGUCAUGAAGGAGGCUUGGUUGCAGCUCGUCAUGAACCGUUUAAAGACUUUGGAGAUCCGCGGUGCACCGGCUGCGUUGGGGAGAACUUGGCUGGGCUGCAAUGGCCAAAUUCACGGAGCAGCCAACAUCGUCAACUGCAGCAUCAUCACGGAGGCAGACUUCCAAGCCACAAGAGCGCAGCACAGGCACUUGGGAGAAAUGCCCAACUACAAGAAAACGUACGCCCUGGCUCUGCAAGACGUGACGCAGCUCGAGCCAAGCAUCGACUACUAUCGGCUGCCAGCCACAUCACCGUGGGCGGUGUUUCGCACCGGACCAACUGGCAAAUCACGUCGGUCGGGGGCGCAGAAAAGAACUUUGGAGCAAGCGCAUGACACGAAGCCAUGCGAAGACGUGCCGACGGAGCUCCGAGCCGAAGCCAGCCCGAUGCCGCUGACAUCCGGCAUGGUGGACCCAGAAGAGCCUUCGCUCGGGGCAGGAGACCGGACGGACGAGCAUGACGACAGGAACAAGGAGUGA